GGGCCCGCCCCGCGCGGGAGGAGCGGCUCGGCUAGGCUCUGCUCGCCAGGCUGGGUGGCAGAUCCCGCGUCUCGUCUCGGUGACAGGCGCCCGCGCCGCCGCCUCCGCCUCCGCCUCCGCCUCCUGCUCCUGCUCCUCCUCCUCCGCCUCCUCUUCGCCUUCCUUGUCCCGGUCCCCGAUCGGAUCCCGGACUGGGGCUGCGCCUGACUCCCUCUGCCCAAGGGGUGGGUCUGUGUCUUCCCCUCCCCCAGCCCUGGGGGCUUCGCGCGGACCCCGCUCCCGCCUGCUGCUGCUGCUGCUGCUGCUGCUGCCGCCGCCGCCGCCGCCGCCGCCGCUGCUGCUGCUCCCGCUCCUCCUCCUCCUCCUGCUCCUGCUCCUGCUCCCAGCCCUAUUGCCUGUCCCAGUCCUCCAGCUCCUUCUCUUCGACAGGAAUUGCAUGGCCCCUGAGCCUCCGCUGCUCCUGUCGCUGGGAUCGGCCACCGCCGCCGCCACCGCUGUAUCAUCCUACUCCCGCGCCGGCUCCCACUCGACUCCCCGCGCAGUUCCAGGACUAGGCUCCCCCAGCGCCGGGCUCAGCUUGGUGCCGCAGGGCUAGGGGCUCCCGCAGCUUGCCGGACUCCGGAGCUGGGCUCUGCGCGCCCCCCACUCUCAGCUCCUUUCUUGCCUCGGCCCCCUAUCCCGCUGCAGCCCACCUCGCCAGAGGAGAACUACCUCCUUCUUCCCUUAGUCUCCUCCUCCUCCUCCUUCUCGCUGGGGUCACCAUGCCCAGCAAAACCAAGUACAACCUGGUGGACGAUGGACACGACCUGCGGAUCCCUCUCCAUAACGAGGACGCCUUCCAGCAUGGCAUCUGCUUUGAGGCCAAGUAUAUUGGAAGCCUGGAUGUGCCAAGACCAAACAGUAGGGUGGAGAUUGUGGCUGCCAUGCGAAGGAUACGGUAUGAAUUCAAAGCCAAGAAUAUCAAGAAGAAGAAAGUGAGCAUCAUGGUAUCAGUAGAUGGAGUGAAAGUGAUUCUAAAGAAAAAGAAGAAGCUUCUUUUAUUGCAGAAAAAGGAGUGGACCUGGGAUGAAAGCAAGAUGCUGGUGAUGCAAGACCCCAUCUACCGGAUAUUCUACGUCUCUCAUGAUUCUCAAGACUUAAAGAUCUUUAGCUACAUUGCCAGAGAUGGUUCCAGCAACGUCUUCAGGUGUAAUGUCUUUAAGUCCAAGAAGAAGAGUCAAGCUAUGCGGAUCGUCCGAACUGUGGGCCAAGCCUUUGAGGUGUGCCACAAGCUGAGCCUGCAGCACACACAGCAGAAUGCGGAUGGACAAGAGGAUGGAGAGAGUGAGAAGAACAGUGACAACUCAGGGGACCCAGCCCGUCAACUGACUGGAGCAGAGAAGGCCUCCACAGCCACUGCAGAAGAGACUGACAUUGAUGCCGUGGACAUCCCUCUCCCAGGGAGUGACAUCCUAGAAUUUAGCCGAGGAGUAACUGACCUUGAUGCGGUGGGGAAAGAAGGAGACUCCCUCAAAGACACCAAGGCCUCGCUCCACCACCAGGAGAACAUACUGACUGCCUCACCCAAGAUGCUGCUGCCUUCUUCCACACAGCUGCCCAGCAUUGGGACCCCACUCUCCACUCAUCACCAGAUGCAACUCCUCCAACAGCUCCUCCAGCAGCAGCAGCAACAGACUCAAGUGGCCGUGGCCCAGGUUCACUUGCUGAAAGACCAGUUGGCUGCGGAAGCCGCUGCCCGAUUGGAGGCCCAGGCUCGAGUCCACCAGCUCCUGCUGCAGAACAAGGACAUGCUUCAGCACAUCUCCCUGCUGGUCAAACAAGUACAGGAGCUUGAACUCAAGCUGUCAGGACACGAUGCCAUGGGUUCCCAAGACAGCUUGCUGGAAAUCACUUUUCGCUCCGGCGUCCUCCCCGUCCUCUGCGACCCCACGACCCCCAAACCCGAGGACCUCCACCUGCCCCCGCUAGGUCCCAGCUCGGCCGACUUUGCUCACUCAGUGGGCAGCCCCUUAGUUGACCAAAGCAUGUUUGAGAAUUCUAACACAGCACCCACACCAAAGCUGCAGCCAAGCCGUUCUUUCCCCCACCUGUCCAAGUCUACUGCCCCCAGUUCAACAACUAUGGGCCCCCUGGAGCCUAGUGGGCCGGGACUCAGAAUGGGCAGCAGCCAGCACCUCAAGAACCUGGGGAAGGCCAUGGGAGCCAAGGUCAAUGAUUUCUUGCGGAGGAAAGAGCCAGUGAACCUUGGGAAUGCUGCAGGAGUGAUGGAGAUCAACACCAAUGCGGGAGCCACAUUGUCUGCUCCAGGCGAUCCCCUUCCAGGGACAUGGCAAGAAGAAGAAAGGUCAGUUCUUUUGGAAGCUUUCCCCCGCCUUGACCCACCUCCUCCUGUGACCAAGAAACGCACACCUCGGGCCCUGAAGAACCCCCAAGACAUGCUGAUUUCCCCCCAACCUAUUGUGAGCAGCCUGGAGUACGGGGCAGAGCUGUUGGCUGGGCCACUCCAAGAGCCUCCUUCCACAGCGCCUAGCCUAGGAGAGCUGGUCUCAGAUGACAACCUGGGACCAGAGGGUUCCUUGGAGACAGUGUCGGAUACUGAGGCCCUCCCCAAUGGAGAGGUCCCCUUGUCAGUGCCGGAUCUCAUCCACAAGGACACCCAGAGUGAUUUCAAGCUGAGGACAUCUGAGUGGAGAAGGGCCUCCUCCCCAAGCUUAAGUGAAAGAAAUGGCCUCAAACUCAGUCUGGGUCCUAUUAGCCUGACUGAGCCCCAGGAAGAUGGCAGCCCUCUACCUCGGGCAAGGACCACCAGCCUUGAUAAUGAGGGGCCUCACCCAGAUCUACUAUCUUUUGAGUAAAUCUUCCAUAAGGAGCACCAAGAUCCCUCCUCCAAAUCUGGGAAAAGAGAUCCCUGCCUUCUUUUUCCACUGUCCAGGGAACUCCUGUCUCAGGCUCCCUCUUCCCCUUUAACCACCACACUUGAAGGCACUAGCAGGUUCCAGGUAGAGGUCCUGCCUGGUCACAGGAGCUCCCAGACCCGAGUAGCCUCCUAGUUGUAGCUUUGCUUUUGUCUAGAUAAUUUUUCCUUCCCUGGGUGGGUGGGGGUAGGAUGAUUCCUAUCACACUGUAGUCUCCCUCACUUGCUUGUUUCCCUAGUGCUGUUCCAUGCCCAUUCAUUCCCUGUGGCAUCCACGCAGACACUGUUGGGAUGAAAGUGUGGGUCAGAUUUCAACUUGAUUUCUAAGUGAUUCUUAAUAAAAAGUUCUUUUGAUGCUGGCAGUAGCCCUCAGGAACAGGCUGGCCACCCUUCAUUAUGCUAAUGAAUACGCUAGCCCCAAGGUGAUAAGACCAGUCUAACAAGAAUCUCUAGAAUUCUCUCUCUGGAAUGUAGCUUACUCUUCUGUUAGAGACUCGGGUUUCUCUCCUUCUGCUCCCCUCUGGUGGUGAUAACUCCUAUUCCUCCCUGGAUCUCCAUAUGCAGCCAGGAACGUCCUUCUGGCUCUGUCCAUCUUGAGAGAGGGAGGUCUCACUGGGCCAAGACCAGGAGUUUUCAACCAUCCAUGCAGGGAAUGACUGGUUUGGCUUAAUGAUGGCUACACUCGCCUUGAAAGCCAUACAUAAGCAAACGGAGACCCAGCUAAAAGGUGGCCUUAAGUGUGGAUCUAUGGUCAACCCAUAGACCAUUCUCCACUCAUCAUCUCUGUUCUUUUUUGUUCUGCUAGGAAGAGAGGGAAUCUGGGAAAGUCAUUCAAACAAUCUCUGAGCUGCCUGCCCUAUUUAGCUUACCAGUGUCAGAUAAAUCAUCAACUGAGUUAUCCUGGGAUCAAAAACUUUGAAGUAGACCCAGAAAAUGCCUUUUAAUAAGACUGCUCAUUUUCUUCUCUAAUUCUUUCCAAUUGGGGCAAGAUGAUUACGUGGGAAUUUUAUAUCACUGGUUGUCCCUUAAGAUAUCACUGUGAGGGAAGACACCACUCAUCUCCCCAGGUGAGGCAGACCCUAGUGGAAAUAUCACAGGAAUGAUUCCUUCUGAAUUCCUUUUUGGUAAGAGGUUUGGCAUCCAAGGAACUGACUAGGUGAGGUCCAGUGAUGGCCAACCACCUCUGCACCGUUUGUGCCCAGAGCUAGUGGGAGGAAUGAGGUUGGUUGCUAGGAUCCAGAGCUAUGGAAGGAAAGCUGUUUUGGAUGAGAGUGGCACUUCUGGGAUUGUCCAUAUUGAUAUGAAAUGCCUAGAAUGAUAUGAAACCUAGAAUGGGGUAUUGUAAGUAAGUGUAUACACGUAGAGUUUAAGAAUCAAAGGUGAGGGUAUAGUAUGUGAGAAGAGGAUUGAUGUGAAAUGUGAGAAAGAUGGGAAAUCAUUAAUAGUGUGGAUUUAUCCCUUACCAAACUACUUUUAACCAAGUUUAAGGUCUUUUGGCAAAUGCUAGGUGUAUGCUGGUGCCUCUAGAGCCCUGCUUUAUCUAUAGAGGGGCCUUAGGCCUGCUGUUCUCUCUGAUCCUUCAGGACCUUUAGCUCCCACUUUCCUUUUACUUCCAGGCCCCUCUGCUGCUAGCCCUGGUUUUCAGGUACCUCCCUCUGAGUUUAACCCAUUGUUUGUUCCUGUUUUCCACCAGGAGCCUUGUGGUGCUGCCUUCCUGUGGCCAAGAGACUGUGUAAGGGGGUGAGCCCAAGCCAGGCAGCAUACAUAUUGAGAAGGAACCAGGCUUCUCUCAGGAGGAGGGCUUCAUUUCCUAGUGAGCGCCCUAGGUGGGAUUCCUAUUCACAGUAAAGACAGCUUUCUGCAAACCUUGUUCUAGCCCAGCCCUAUCUCCUACUGGUCCUGUGCUGAGAUUUACCUCCUCUCUGCACUUAUUUUUCAUCUUCCUCUACAGCUGACUUUUGAAAAGGAGUUAAGGGACAACUGCCGCUCUCUUCUUUGUUGCUCCCAGGUGCCACCUCUCCAUAAUGCCAAGGGGCCAUAGGCAGAGAGCUAUGGAAGGUUAAAAGCUAUUGGAUGCCGAGCUGCCACUCAUUCCAUCUUUGCUACCAUCGGUGAUGAUGUCUCACCCAUUGUCUCUACCCUUCUACUCCAGCUUCCAUUCUAACCCAAAUCAAAAUAAGCUUUUCCCAUCUCUGUUUAAAUCUCAUCUCUAAUCUCCUCAGAAGAUUGAUCCUGAUCCUCUAUUCCCAUUGGACAUUCAAGGCUUUGUGACAGCUCUGAGAGAGCACCAGAGAGGAUCCAGAUGCCUAGAACAUUGCCUUCCUUAGCCCCAAAGUGUCAUAGGAAUUCCAUGUAACCAGACCACUAAGCAGAGCAGAUCUCUGUAUAUGGUCUUCCUGAUGACUUGAGAAUUCCCAAGAUGGCUCAGGGUUCUAUUUAGAAAACUAUGUGUUGGUGGCAAGAACACUGUAGAUCUGUACCUGAGGGAUAGUCCCAGUUUUGGCCUUGACCCUCUAUGUCAGGAGUGAGGCUUACAGCUCUGAGAAAUAAAGCAAUGAAGAAAUUGCUCUUUGAAGUGAUCUCUCUACCACCUUGGCCCAUUUCUUGGCUUCUUUUUGGCAACUCUGCCCUUACCCUUCCUCCAUUCCAAAGCUGUUGUCAUUAGGCAAAUGGUGAGCCACAGAGUGCCUUCCCUGAUGUCCCCAGCUUGGAUCAGCGCCUGACCCAUUUGGGCUCUGUUGAUCUUUGUCUCAUUUGUCAUUAGAGUCAUUACAAGAGUUCACCUAAGUGUAUCCAGGAUAUGGAGUUAAUGGAGCCAGGCAUCUUUCCUAUUUCUUUUUAGUCUUUCAAUGGUCUCCAUCCCCUACCCUCAUCUCCCUUGCAAAACAGGGUGUUGUGAUCUACCUCACCAGGCCCCUCAGAGGCUAAAGUCUGGAACCUUCAGGUUCCCUCUUGAAGGAUCAAUGAUGUCAAGUCUGAACAAUGACUUUAAAACUUACGACUGUCAAGAGAGACAUUUUAAGACCAAGUUGCCUUGUCUACCCACAUUACCAAGUGAUUUCCUGCACCCACCUUAGUGAUCUGCCAUCCGAGAAGUUAUGUCCAUCCAAAUGACUAGUGCCACCAGUGACGCCCUUUAGGUGGCUUUGGAAGGCAGACUUCUCAGGUGAGGUGGGAGGUAGGGGUGGCCCCUAGACAGAAGGGGAAGGGGAAAGGGAAAAGAUGGAAUGGGCUAUUCUCAACUCUUCAAAAGUGGAGAGAGAAGAGAUGGUUUCAUUCCUUUCCCCCUCAUUCCUCCAUACCCACUUUGGUCUGCAUUUUCAGAUAAAUGCCCUGCUCUGUAGAGAACACAAGUGAGGCUUUCAAAGGCUCUGAAACUCAGAAGUGUUUCUCACUUGAGUGUUUUCUCCAGGCAAGUGGCAUAGACCAACAGAGCUGGAAGCGCCGUAGAGCUCCUCCAGUCCAACUCCUUCAUUUUACAGAUGAAGAAAUGGGCCCAGAGAAAGGAAGGGAAGGUUGCAGAGCAAGUCAGCGCAGAGCCGAGAUUGGAAUCUGUGUCUCCAGACAACCAGUUGAACAGUCUUUCCACUAUGACGCAUUGCACAGAUGGAAAUGUAUAUGUAUAUGGCUCAUGUAGAAGCAUAUGUAUAUGUGUUAUAUAUGUGGAGAUAUACAGAUAUGUAUCCAGUCCUUUUAAUGAAUGAAGGGGAAUCUUUGGCUGAAUUCAGUCAUAGGGAGGAAGAAAAAUACCAGAUUUACUCUGUUUCUAUAGAGUCCAUAUUUAUAUUUUUAGGAACUUUCUGUAGAAAGCAGCUGAUUGCACAAUAAAAGGGUUUGGUUUUUUCCUGACA